AAGAAAAAGAAAAUAUCCGGAAUAUUAAAAAAGAAAAAAUUGUUGAACAAAAACAAAAAUUCUAAUUAUGAAUUAUGAAAGCAUCAGGUGAUAAAAUAAUGAUAUGUUUAAGAUGAAAUUAUCUAUUAUUCGAACGAUUUUUGAUUUUGAUCAUUGUCUUUGGUUUUUUUGUUUUGUUUUGUAUGCAAAUCAUCAACAAACGCUCCAUACACGAAAUGAGCGAAUAUUUAAAAUAGGAUUAUCUAUCUUGGUGUUGUCGUUGUUGUUUUUUUUAUUAUUGAUCACAUAGAAUCCACAAGAUGGUGCUACUUUAGCCAUCUUCAUCAUCUCAUCAUUAAAACGUGUCACAAUACAGCUGUUUGUUUUUUGUGGUCAUUGUUCCUGGAUCGAUUGUAUUCAUCAAUUUCUUACUUUUUUUGAGGUGAAAGAAAAAAUCGCUUUGUGAUAAAAAAAUUGUGACAAACAAAAGAAUAUACAGGAUGGAGAUAUCAUCCUGGACAUUAAUUUGGUUAUUGAUAAUUUUUUGGUCAUUUUAUAAUAUAAUCCGUUCAUCAUUAACGGCCGAAUAUCAACGGAAAUUAUUUUCAACAUAUGGUUUAUCAUUAGGUAUAAUAUCCAUUCAUUUGCAAAAUGAAUCAAUAACCCGUUGGAUUAAUAACAUUCAAUGUCAUCAAAUGCCGUAUAGACGAAAUGUUUAUAAUAAUCAAUAUCAAAAACCAUAUUGUUAUUAUCUACAAUUAAUUUAUGGUUAUUAUUUCAAAUUGAGCAUUCUAAUCUCUUAUGUACUAUUUCCUUAUGCUUUCUACCAGAUUUCAAAAUCAUUGAUUUAUACGAAUGAAUUUCAACAAUUUAUCAAUCAUUUUUACAUCAGAUCCAAUUCCAUCAAUGGCAUUGAUAAUAAUAAAAAUGAUGACAAUCAAUUAAUUGUUAUGUUUCCAGGUUUAACACUUUCUUGGAUUGAUAGCCUUUAUUUUUUUAUUGCAAUUUGUAUAUGUUCUUUAUUACAUGAAUUUGGCCAUGCAUUGGCUGCUAAUCGACAUUCAGUACAGAUUGAUACAUUUGGAUUUCAAUUUAAUCUCUGUCUUCCAUUAACAUUUGUUUCGAUACCCAUUGAACAAUAUUUAAAACAUGAUCUAAUUGCUAAAAUGGAAAUUGCCUGUGCUGGAUUGAUGAGUAAUUUCAUUAUCUGUUUAAUAUCGUUAUUUUGUAUCGUAUUCAAUCCUAUGGCCAUAUUCUAUACAUCCAUUAAUGAUGGAUUGUUGAUAACUUCGGUCGAUCAGUCAAUAAUAUCCGGUCUUAAUGAAUAUGAUGUGAUUACCAAAGUGAAUAGCGUGCCUAUUAAUAGCCAAAAUGAUCUGUUCAUGACAUUGAAUAAAAUAUCCAAAUAUCAGACUGGUUUCUGUAUUGAACAUAAUUUUAUCGAUCAAUUUCAACGAUGGUCAUCAUGUAAUCUGGAAAAAUGCUGCAAUAAAUCUGAUCAACGAAGCAAUUUAUGUUUCAUUUUCAAACGAAUAAAAAUUGAAUCAUUGAACAACGAAUAUUGUAAUGUUACCAAAGAAUUAUCAUCAAGUAAUCUAUAUCAUUUGGCAAAAUUUGAAUCCAAUUUACAGGAUUAUUACAAAUCAUGUCUUCCUGUUCGAAAAAUCAUCGAUAAAACAACACAAUUUUGUCGCCAUAAAAAUGAUUGUUUAAACACUUAUUAUGGUAAAAGUGAUUGUCUAUUUCCACUUGCAUUAGAAUCUCAUUCAAUCAGAUUAAUUAUAAUCGAAACGGAUGAACAUAAAAUGGAUAAGAUUUUAUUCUGGGGUCCACCAAUGGAAUUAAUUCAGGCUAUUAAAGUAACCAAAAUGAAACCAUUAUUUUCAUUCAUUACACUUGAAGCUUUUAAUAAUGUUGAAAUGUUUUUCCGAUAUUUAUGGAUUAUUUCAAUGACAAUGAUACAAUUCAAUCUGUUACCAUUUUCGCCAUUGGAUGGAUAUCAAAUGUUAACAUUGGCCACUGAUUAUAUUGAAUCGAAAUGUAAAAUUAAAUCAUUUCGUUUAUUACAUCGUAUUGCACAUUUAUGGUCAGCUAUAAUCAUUCUAUUAUACAUUAUGUUGGCCAUUUUUAAAAUCAUCAACCAUUCAUAA